GUCACUAAAAGUUACCAAGUCACAUUUUUGUUCAUGUCUUUUGUAUUAGUAAUAUUUUAGGAAAAACCUCAGUUAACAUUAAGAUCAACAACAUCGAAAAUCACUAUACCCAGAAUUUAUAUCCUAAGAUAAUAACGCCAGCAAUAACCAUACAAAUAAUCAACAACUUUUAUAAGGCCAAAACUUGGGACUGACAACGGCAAAGAACUCUACGAAACUCAAUCCUCAUCCAUUCCUCCUCCAAGCUAUGCUCCUCUCUUCGGACCACCAGCUGUUUUUGCCAUAUACACAUCUGACAUCUGGUCUACUCGAAGAACUGUGCACACAACAUCAGCAGCAUGUUUCAGAGCAAAGAACUUGGAUAUAUUAGACUAAGGGGAAAAUGCAGCUCAAUUUGGUAGGGUUUUAGCAAGGGAAAAUAUAGAACUACUUAAAUAGGAUGAACAUGAUUAUUUCCCAACAUGUCAAUGUUAGUUUGUUAAGGCAUUUAGAAGAAUAUUAAUUGAUCGUUUGUAAAGGGCUCACAACUAUUAUUGAUCAAUGACAUGAGUAUUUAUACGAAUACUACUCCUUAUUACAUGUUAUUACAAUUUGGGCUACAACAAGCCCAAUGGGUUGAAAUCCACUCUAACACUCCCCCUGAAAACAUGUAUCUUCAAAGGCUUUGUUAAGAUGUCUGCCAAUUGAUCUUUUGUUCUGCAGUACUUCAAAUUCAACUUCCCUCUAUUCACUUGAUCCCUGAGAAAGUGAAAAACGAGUUUCUAUAUGCUUGCUUCUAGCAUGAGCCACAGGAUUCUUUGCCAGAUUUAUAGUUGACUUGUUAUCUAUCUUCAGAACAGCUAUACUAUAUUACUAUGAGUUUCAAUCUGCAUUUCUCUCAAUAAUGAAUCUAACCGCUGUGUUUGACAAACUGCAAAGGGCUUCACAUGAUGAUAAUGCCACCACUGGUAGAUUCUUUGAACACCAAGAGACUGGUGCAUUACCCAUCAUGAACACAUACCCUGAGGUACUCCUAUCUGUCAGAUCACCUGCCCAAUCUGAAUCAACACAGCCAUUAACCAGUUCCUCCUUAUUUUUUAUUGAGUUUGGCAGUAGAAUGCCAAAAUCUGAUGUGCCUUUGAUAUACCUGAGUGUCCUCUUGGCUGCAAUUAAAUGUGAUGUCUUAGGCUUCUCCAUAAACUUGCUAAUAAUCCCUACAGCAUAAGUGAUGUCUGGUCUACUUGAACACAAAUAUCUUAGACUCCCAACCAUCUGCUUAAAUAGAGUUGGAUCCACAGGUUUCUCUUCCUCAUCAUUUCCCAAUUUUAGAUUUGUUUCACAAGGAGUAACAGCUGGAUUACAGUUCUGCAUAUCAAAUUUCUCAAGAAUUUUUUCUGCAUAUUUUUUAUGUAUCAAUAUGCCCUUCUUGGUUUGCAAAAACUCCAUCACUCUCCUUCACCACUACACAGCAAAACGUACAGCUUGCUCACUAAAACUGUCCAGUGAACUUUCCCAGUUCACUAUGAGUCAUCUCCUUGUUAUCUGUUCUUCAAAGUGACCUAUUUCCAUUUGUCUAAAUCCUUCAUACUUGUGUGUUAGACUAGUUCUAAAGCCAGCCAAUGUGUUAGAGUAUAGUUCAUUGCUAUACCUUAACUAAAAUAAGCAGAAACAUCAUUUUGGUGUAAUAAAGACAGCCAAUGUGUUAGAGUAUAGUUCAUUUCUAUAUUAAAAAUGUUUCACGAAAAUAGAAGUUAUACUUAUCAAAUAGUUAUUUUGGUGUAAUAAAGGUAAAAAAUUAUAUUAUUAAUUUAUUCACAAAUUAUUAUCUUCAAAUUAUAUUUUUAAAAGAUGGAGUUAAUUGGCAAUGGUUUACGAAUAUAUUUAUAGAAAAUUUAAUUUAAUGACUUGAAUCUAAUUAAACAGAAAUAUAAAAGAAUUUGUACUUAUGCUUUCUCGGGUUUUGCUCUUUAUUUUUUAAUUAUUUUAAAAGUUUUUGUCUCGGCAUUACUGUUUAUGAAAAAAAGAUUUGAUUUUUUUUUCUCAAAAUAGGAUAAAAAGUGAAUAGACAGAAUUCGUAAAUAGAAAGUAUAUUUCUUUUUAAAAUAUGAAUUAUUUACUCCUAUUAAAGAAUAAAACAAUAACAAUAGAAAGUAGGAGUAAAUGAGGCUCCUAUAUAAAAAUCAUGUUUUGUGUGCUGUCAUUUAGACUACUGUUGUUUGGACUUCUCUUCCAGCUCAGGUCUCGAUUUAUCACCCACAAAGGAUGCUAAAAUCACCACCAAGGUCAACAAAUGGAGAAGGGGCAGCAGCCAGCAAGUUUUCUCGGCCAAAUCUAUCGAUAUUCCACAGAGGAGUAUUUUAGGGUUGUAAUUGGGGAAGAGAAAUUUCGGCCAGCCUCAUCGAUAGAGAAGAGAACAGAUAUAUAGGCAAAGCACAACACUCAUAGAUGGAAACUUACCUUAGGAAGAUUAGCAGAGUAUCGGGAAGAAGAAGGAAGUAAUCGAAUAAGGGAGAAAGCCGAUUCAAACACAAGAGGUGCAGCUGGAUCGGUUAAAGCAAUGGGCCGGGUAAAUAACCACAAGCAUUUGGGCUUAGGAAAAAAACAAGGGCCAAUACCAACACAAUCUCCACCUUAUUGGACCUUAGUGGUGUAGAGUCAAAACUCUAAAAAAUAAUAUGAGACUCAUCAUCGCUGGAUUGCCUGAAUAAUCACAAAGACAUAUUCAGGCAAAGGGGGUAAGAUCACCAGGCAACUUAUCCGCAAUCAAUGUUUAACGUGCGUUUGCACGACAGCAACUUUUCGACCGAGAGACAUUUAGUCCCCAUGUCAGCAGGAUUAAAUUCUGAAGGAAUUUUACUCAACUUGAUAUGACCUGCACUAACAAUAUCACGUAUAAAAUGAAAUCUAACAUCAAUGUGCUUAGUUCUAUCAUGAAAAACAGGAUUUUUACACAAUUGAAUAGCAGAUUGACUAUCAGAAAACACACAAAUGUCCUGCUUAAGACUACCAAUCUCCGUUAGGAGACGUUUAAGCCAAAUGGCUUCCUUAAACGCUUCGGUAGCGGCCACAUACUCCGACUCAGUGGUGGAUAGGGCAACAAUGGGUUGAAGUUGAGAUUUCCAACUAAUGCACGACCCACAAAGAGUAAACACAUAAGAGGUAGUGGAUUUCCUAUUGUCUCUAUCAUUAGCAAAAUUAGAAUCCACAUACCCACUCAACUUAACCCCCUCAGAACACUUAGUGAAAACCAACCCAUGAUUAACGGAAGAUUUCAAAUACCUAAGCAACCACUUAAGAGCAUUCCAAUGAUCUAAACCAGGAUUAGACAUAUACCUACUCAAACAACUAACAGCAUAGGCAAUGUCAGGUCUAGUACUCACCAUGAGAUACAUCACGGACCCAAUAGCAUUGGAAUAAGGCACAGAUUUCAUUUUAGCAAUUUCAGGAGCAGUCUUCGGAGACUGAUCCUUACUUAACACAAAGUGAGACGCCAUCGGGAUAGAAACGGGAGUAGCAGAAUGCAUGUUAUAUUUACUCAAAAUCUUUUCAAUGUAUGAAAUCUGAUUGAGAACUAACACACGUCUACUCCUAUCCCUAACAAUGUUAAUGCCUAGGAUCCUUUUGGCAUCACCUAGGUCUUUCAUAGCAAAGUUCUCACUGAGACGCUUUUGCACACAUUUAAUGGCAUCACCCGAAGGACUCACAAUCAACAUGUCAUCCACAUAUAGCAAUAAAAAUACAGGCACAGAAGAAGUAUUUUUAAAGUAUAGGCAAUGGUCGCAUUCGGACUUGUGAAAUUUCAAAGAUGACAUGCACUGGUCAAAUUUGAUAUUCCACUGCCUCGGGGACUGCUUCAGGCCGUACAAGGCCUUCCUAAGCAAACACACAUGAUCACUCUUCAUGGGAUCCACAAAGCCCUCAGGCUGCGACAUAUAGAUUUUCUUAUCUAAAUCACCAUGCAAGAACGCAGUGGUGACGUCCAUUUGCUUCAUUUCCCAAUCAUUAUGAGCAACAAGAGCAAGCAUCAUACGAAUCGUAGUAAAUUUAACUACAGGAGCAAAGAUUUCAGCAUAAUCAACACCUUCCUUUUGAGUAAAUCCCUUAGCUACUAACCUAGCCUUAUAUCUAAUGUCGUUAGGCUCUUCCUUAACCUUAAAUAGCCACUUACAGGCAACAACGGAACUAUUGGGCGGUCUAGGAACUAACGUCCAAGUCUUAUUCGCUCUAAGUGACUCCAUCUCACUUUCCAUGGCGCAAAGCCAUUUAGCGGACUCAUUAGACUUAAGGGCCUCUCUAUAGGUUCUAGGUUCGUUAAGCUCAAGGGUCUCAAACACAGAGAAAGCAAACAUAGAAGUAUCACACAUAUGGAAAGCAUAAUCAGGCAUACUAUCAGCAGUUUUCCUAAUUACUCUCCUACUUCUAUCUCUAGCAAGUUGAUAAUCAUGCAAAUCAUUCUCACUAGCAUCCGCACUCUCAUCAUGCGAUUCAUUGUCAUUUGAAUGCACAUGAGAAUGCUCCACCUCACUCGAAGUGGUGGUAGUAUCAUGCUCAGAAGAAUCAGAAUCAUGCAAUUCAAAAGAAUUAGAAUCAUGCAAAACAACAUUAUCAUGAUUAGCAAACAAAGGGCUAGCAGCACGUGGUAUGGACUCCACCUCAACGGGUGUACUACUAGGAUCAGACUCAGAAUCAGGAACUGACUUAUCCAGACAAGGAAACUCGGAUUCAUUGAAAACAACGUUUCUACUCACCACAACUUUGAAACCUACCUGGUUCCUAUCCCAAACCCUGUACCCCUUCACACCCUCGGGAUAACCUAGGAAGACUCCUUUCUUAGACCUAGGAUCCAACUUGUCACCUUGUUGGUGUACAUACGCUGCACACCCAAACACUCUAAGAUUAGACAAAUCAAGGGGUUUGUUUGAAAAAACAGAUUCAGGGCACUUCCCACCCAAGGGAACAGAAGGAGACCGGUUAAUCAAGUAGACAGCAGUGUUAACUGCUUCACCCCAAAACUUUUUAGACAAACCGGCGGUGGCAAGCAUACUCCUAACCUUAUCUAGAACAGUCCUAUUCAUCCUCUCGGCUAUCCCAUUUUGUUGGGGAGUAUAGGGCACAGUUUUGUGCCUUCUAAUCCCACAAUCAACACACAGUUGGUCCAUAUCCUUAUUGCAAAACUCUAGACCAUUAUCUGUCCUAAGGGUUUUGACCUUCUUACCAGUUUGAUUUUCUACAAGGUUUUUCCACUCCCUAAACUUCACAAAGACAUCGGACUUAUGCUCAAGGAGACGGACCCACACCUUCCUAGAAAAAUCAUCAAUGAUGGACAGAAAAUAUCUCUUACCCCCGUGGGUAGAGACACUAGCAGGACCCCACACAUCAGCAUGAACAUACUCUAACACAGAGGUACACUUAAUAGGAUUAGGAUAUGGGGAGGAGGGGAAUGUAACCUUAUGCUGCUUGCCUAACACACAAGAUUCACAAAAGGGGAUGGGGGACACAGAAUCCUUACCAAAACAACCAGAUUUAUGCAAAAUCUCUAAACCCCUAUUACUCAUGUGCCCUAAUCUAUUAUGCCACAAUGCAGAUUUAUCAGAACUAACAACAUGAGCAGAAUCACAGAAAGGCUGAGCAUGGCACACAUACAAGUUAUUCACCUUUGUUGCUUUAAACAAAACAAGGGAAUUUUUCAAAACUUUCAUGCACCCAUUACCCCAUUUACCCUCUAAUCCACUACCCUCAAAAGCAGCGACAGAAAACAAGUUAUGACGCAAAUCAGGAACAUGCCUCACAUUUUUCAUAGUAAACACAGUCCCAUUAUCAAACUUCAAACAUACAUCACCCACCCCAUGUAUUUUGCAUUUCUUAUUAUCAGCAAGAGACACAAAACCAUCAUUGCAAGAAUCAUAAGAAGCAAACAAGGAUCUAAAAGGUGUCAUAUGAUAAGUACAACCAGAGUCAAUCAACCACUCAUUUUCAGUCAUGCUACUCAACACAGAAUUGGCAGAAUCACAAAUCAUAAAAACUUCUUCAUGCAAGUUAUUAUCAUCUACCACAUUAGCAUGUUCAGACUUCUUCGGAUGGGGACAAUCCUUAAUGAAGUGACUAGAAUUACCACAAUUAUAGCACACUCUCUUCUUAGACUUACCUCUCUUCUUCCCCGGGUCAUUGUUUUUGUUCUUAUCGUUGUUGCCCUUCUUAUGGUUUCUAGAUCUACUCUUAGACCUACCCCUCACAAACAACGCUUCACCAGAGUCCCUAGACUGACUGUUACUACCCCUCGAGUGUCUAAGGUCUAACUCCUUACUUCUUAAUCCAUUAACGACUAUAUCUAACGAGAUAUCGUCUCUACCAUACUUUAUGGCAGAUUUGACGUCAUUGUAUGAGUCAGGGAUGGCAUUAAGUAACACUAUGGGUGUGUAGUCAUCUAUGUGUUUAUCACCAGCUUGCUUAAUGUUUUGGAUAAGCUUGUUAAACACAUCUAGGUUCUCAUCUAUGUCCUUAGACAGGUCAAGCCUAAGUCUAAAGAACUUCUCAAGCAAAAACAAUUUACCAGGCAAAGAAGUGUCGGUAUACAACUUAUCUAACUUGUCCCACAAAUCCUUCGCGGAAUCUAUAAUACCCACCUUCCUGAGCACUGAAUCAGACAGGUUCAGGUAUAUAGAGGAACAAGCAGUUUCAUUCAUCUCAACACGCUUUGCAGCAUCCUCAGAGUCUAAAUAGAGACCAGUCACAGCUCUAUAGACUUUCUGUUGGAUCAACACACAUUUGAUUUUCUGUUUCCAGAUAUCAAAAUCUGUCUUUCCGUUAAAUGGAAGCAUGCCAUAUUGAUUGACAGCCAUAUUAACCGGAAAGCAAGCACAAUACGCAAGAGAAUAAAUAAAAUUUAUCAGGCUAUCAACCGGUACGAAGCAACUAGCACGAACAAGCCGAGAAGACCAAUGAACACAAAGCUCGGGUACAAUCUCCUUGUUCUUUCGUACCGUACGAAGCAACUAGCACGAACAAGCCGAGAAGACCAAUGAACACAAGGCUCGGGUACAAUCUCCUUGUUCUUUCGUACAAGCACAGAUAAAAUUUUUAUUUACUCAACAGACAGAUAAAUGAUUAAUUAUAACCUAUAGGGCUAUCAAUUGUACGAAGCAACUAGCACGAACAAGCCGAGAAGACCAAUGAGCACAGAGCUCGGGUACAAUCUCCUUGUUCUUUCGUACAAGCACAAAUAGGCUAGAAUUAAAUCAACAAGCAAAGAAACGGGAUUUAAAACUAAACCGGAUGAAAUAUUCACAACUUUGGACAACGAGUAUCCAAACAAAAUAUUCUUAACCGGAGAGUUUAUCCACGAAUCAAUCAACAGAAAAAAUCAAAAUAAAAAAUCCAACACGUGAUUAAAUUUAAACCGGAAGAAAUAUUCACAACUUUGGACAACGAGUAUCCAAACAAAAUAUUCUUCACCGGAAAAUUAAUUCACGAUUCAACAAGUAAUCACAAUUCAACUAACAAGUAAAUAGCAAUUCAACUUGAAAUUAAAAUGAAUGAACUACGAAUAAAAAUCACACAAAGGAUUAGUAAACGUACCAGGGGCCGGGCACAGCCGGCAUCCAAGACCACGCAGGUCAGCAGCGGGGGAGCGGGGGAAAAAUUAAAUCCGGUGGCACUCCGGUACACCAAGGAUGUUUAAGCCAAUUUACCUGAGCGGGGCCCGAGGUUGGGUUACCCGACUUACCGUAGGCAGCGUGGGCUGCUGUAGAGCACGACGGCAAUGGACUGGACUGGCGGCAGCGGACUGAAUCGGCGGCAGACUGGCGGCAGAGUCUCCCAAGCAGCGGCAGCAGGUCUGGACAGCUUCUGGACAACACCUUGGACUGCUGGAACCCUCUGGACCGACUUGGCAGCACUCCCUGGACCUCCGGCGACGGCGUGCGACGGCGAGGCGGCGGCGAGGCGGCGGCAGUCCCUCCGUGUCUCUGAUACCACUGUUGUUUGGACUUCUCUUCCAGCUCAGGUCUCGAUUUAUCACCCACAAAGGAUGCUAAAAUCACCACCAAGGUCAACAAAUGGAGAAGGGGCAGCAGCCAGCAAGUUUUCUCGGCCAAAUCUAUCGAUAUUCCACAGAGGAGUAUUUUAGGGUUGUAAUUGGGGAAGAGAAAUUUCGGCCAGCCUCAUCGAUAGAGAAGAGAACAGAUAUAUAGGCAAAGCACAACACUCAUAGAUGGAAACUUACCUUAGGAAGAUUAGCAGAGUAUCGGGAAGAAGAAGGAAGUAAUCGAAUAAGGGAGAAAGCCGAUUCAAACACAAGAGGUGCAGCUGGAUCGGUUAAAGCAAUGGGCCGGGUAAAUAACCACAAGCAUUUGGGCUUAGGAAAAAAACAAGGGCCAAUACCAACA